AUGCUUCUGCAGAAACAACCACCCCGGUUGCCAUGGCGAUCUGAGUGUGACCCUUCUCUCCAUGGCGAUCUCUCUUCUCUACAUGGCGAUGAGAUUGAUCCAGCGAUGAUAUGGGAACAAAGGGUUAAAGACGUGGAGGCUGAGAAAGAGAGGAGGAUCAUUACAAGCCCUGGGUUUAGCUUCUCUGCUGCUGGUCUUUUGUUCCCUUAA